AGCGGCGCCGCUCGGGAGAGGUUCGGAGGCGGUCACAGCGGCGACCAGCGGCGGCCUGAGCCGCACACCAUGUCCUCCCAACUGGCCCAGCGUGUCCGGCAGAGCGGCUCCCCCACCUCCAACCGCCUCCAGCCGCUCAGGGCCACCGUCCCCUUCCAGCUGCGGCCCGGGGCCGCCGGGGGAGGCGGGAACAGCGGCUGCAGAGCUCACACGGGCCCCGGCGAACAGCAGCCAGAAGCGGGCAGCAGAGCAGCGGCUCCCGGGGAGAGCAACGUCCGGCACUCCAUCUCCUGCUGCACGUCUCCUGUUAGUAAAGCUGCCGAGAAAUCCCGAUCUCAUCAUCAGGCCAGAUCUUCCAUGCGACGCACUUCGUCACUCGAUACUAUAAUUGGGCCGUACCUGAUAGGACAGUGGCCUCGCGAAGCUGAUGGACACGAUACAACGUGGUUCAAUGAGAAAGCUACACAGACUCCGAGUAUUUGGCAUGAAGUCAGAACAGAACGGAAAAACUCUCACAAGCGCUCAGCAUCUUGGGGCAGUGCAGACCAGCUAAAAGAGAUUGCAAAGCUCAGGCAUCAACUCCAACGCACUAAACUAAGCAAGAGGUACGGCAAGGACAAGGGACGUCAGUCCCCUCUACACGGAGAUUAUACAGCGAUGGGCACAAUCCAGCAGGGACACCCUUCAAAAUUCAUACCGAUCCUAUCAGCGAACCUUGGCAUCACAAAAUUAAUCCCUCGACUCCGAAACAGCUUGGAGGCAAUCAAUCAAGAAAUCGAAGGAAUGUUCAUUAAAGAACACGGGGAUAAAGAGGUGCUGAGGAUCAUGGACACCCCAGAUGGUCACAGGGCACCUUUUCCUUCCCAGCGAUACAGCAGCAGCUCCCAGAGCGACCCCUCACCUGUGCUCCUCGGACAGACCAAUGGCUACAGUAGCCCUUCUCCUUAUCCAUCCCCAUCCCCUUCACCUUCCUUCCCCAAUGGAGCUCAGGAAGAAGAAGGCCCUUGCUUAAUUGAAGAUGCAUUGUUCAAAGAUGGCGGCAACAUUUCACCCCCACCGAAGUACGCUUCCUCUCCCAAACCCAACCAUAGCUACGUGUUCAAGCGGGAGCCUCCAGAGGGUUGUGAACGGGUCACGGCAUUUGAAGAAACUCCGCUCAUUUCAUUCGGACAGGCUCUGCCGCACUCGUGCCCGGAUAAAAACAAGGUUAACUUCAAUCCCACUGGCUCUGCCUUCUGCCCCGUCCACAUCCUGAAGCCCCUCUUCCCAACUGUUGACUUGAUACUGAGGCACUUGCCAGCUUCUGGGUCUUCGGCCACUCCGAUCGGAUCGCCAGCCAGCACUUUGACCUCUUGCCAGUCCACCACUCAGAUCUCAUUCCAGCAACCGUUGGAGGACUCAGGCAGCACAACCUUUCUUGACCUUUCCAAGGAGCAACCACUUCAGUUUGAUCAUUGGAAACGCCCGCCGUCCGAAGAAAGUGCCUUUUUCCAGAGUUCAUUAGUAAUUUAAUUGCUGGCAAAGCAUCGACUGGAACUCUAUCUACCCUCUACGAGUGUUGAAUGCUACCUAGCCACUUGUCUUACCUGAAGGUUUUGUGUCCAUGUAUGUUAGUGCUGUGAUAAACCAAGAACAGAUCAAGCAUCUGUCAUUGGGAGGCAGGCCAGUCAGCAUUGGGGUCUUUUUACAGUUAAAGGUUCAGUGUUCCAUGCAGUUGCUCUAGUACCAAUCAUUACCUGAUAUUCUUUGGGACCGUGUACAUUUGGCUUUGUAGGAAAGCGAUGCAGCUAUUGUGAACUCCUGUUCAAACUCUCUGGCAGCCUUUCAUUUACUUACUUGUUAAUACAUUUUCUUGCUUGAAUUACAAAUCUAUUUAAGAAAGAUCUGCGAUGUACACGAGCUUGGGUUUUGUUGAGAAAUGGCAAUGGGGGGGAAAGCAUGGGAAAAGCACAGGACCAUUUUAAAAAUUGGCCACUGUCUCUUUACCUGGGACGAUGCUUUUUUUUCUUCCAAAAUAGCAUCUUGUGUGACAGAUGCUACAGUAUUGAAAACAAUUGUUUAUAUAUUUAAAGCCUAUUGGAAGCUUUUUUUUUCUUCCUUUAAACCAUACUUUUUUUUCUUGCUCUUUACUUUAUGAAAAGCGUUUUAUUAGGUUUAGCCUUUUAAAAAGCUGCUUACUGAACUGAAAAGCAAGUUGUGCAAAUACUGUUGAUUUAAGGUUUCUGGGAUAUUAAGACUAUGAAAUUCGAGAUUGGCGUUGUCGGAUCCAAUGGAUUGUUCAGUGUUGUUUUGUAGUUGAGGUUGAUGCGUCAAGUUGUGUAGAGACUAAGGAGGUUCCCAUAGCAAUAUGGCCAUGAAAGAUGUACCUGUUUUAAGUUGACGCUAUUAACUUUGUUAAGGGGUAAUAAUCCCUUCCUUUUUUUUAUACUACAGUAAUAAUUUGGUCA